AUGUUCAUGUCAAGAUCAGAAUACGGCAAGCUGCCCUCCCUCUCCCUCCCCUCACCUUUCCUGCGCAACCACGCAAACGCUCGGCCGGAAACGGGCGCAGAUCAACCCUCCCGGCAAACAACUCCUCCUCGUUCCCUCACAGACCGCGGCAUCAACACCUUCUCUCCAGAGGGCCGCCUGUUCCAGGUCGAGUACUCCCUCGAGGCCAUCAAGCUCGGCUCCACGGCCAUUGGCGUCGCCACCUCCGAGGGCGUCAUCCUCGGCGUCGAGAAGCGCGUCACCUCCACCCUCCUCGAGACCUCGUCGGUCGAGAAGAUCGUCGAGAUCGACCGCCACAUCGGCUGCGCCAUGUCCGGCCUCCAGGCCGACGCCCGCUCCAUGAUCGAGCACGCCCGCGUCGAGUGCCAGAACCACCACUUCAACUACAACGAGGCCCUCGGCGUCGAGAGCACCACCCAGGCCAUCUGCGACCUCGCCCUCCGCUUCGGCGAGGGCGCCGACGGCGAGGAGACCAUCAUGAGCAGGCCCUUUGGCGUCGCUCUGCUCAUCGCCGGCCACGACGAGAACGGGCCCCAGCUGUUCCACGCCGAGCCCAGCGGCACGUUUUACCGAUAUGAUGCCAAGGCCAUUGGCUCGGGCUCCGAGGGCGCCCAAGCCGAACUUCAAAACGAAUACCACAAGGUUGACGCUGAUUUUCUGUCCCCUUCCCCCUCUCAGUCCCUGACUAUUGUCGAUGCCGAGACUCUCGUCUUGAAAACUCUCAAGCAAGUCAUGGAGGAGAAACUCGAUUCCAAAAACGUCCAGCUUGCCAGCGUCACCAAGGAAAAGGGUUUCAGAAUAUACACAGACGAGGAAAUGGCCGCCGUCGUUGAGCGACUACCAGCAAACUAA